UCCAGUGAAUGGGAGGAGCUAUAAACACUGGCAUGUGGGAAUGGGAGGGACUAUAAACACUGGACACUGGGAGUGGGCAGGGCUUGCUAAACACAGAGAAUUGAAGGGAGGGAGAAGUGUCCAUACAGCUGAACAGGUGUAUAUCCUCCAUCACCCAGACCUCUUGGACUAAAUAUUUUACUGUAUAUAACAUGGACUGUAAGCAUCACUCAGCACCUCAAUAAGUCAUACAUGUUGCAAAUGAAACCUACUCAGAAGAGAUGGUUAUCAUGUCAGAUAUAUUUCUCCAAGAAGACAUCAACCAUAUCCUAUGUAACAAGUUUGUAGUGAUCAUUGGGGACUCUAUUCAGAGAGCAAUAUACAAAGAUCUUGUGCUUCUGCUGCAAAGGAACAGAUACCUGAGUGAUGCCCAAUUGAGGUCAAAGGGCGAGUUUUCCUUUGUGAAUGAUGAGUUGAUAGAGGGCGGAAAGAAGGCCAAAAUGUGCAAUGGAAAAGGUUACAGGGAGGUUCGACAGUAUCAGUCGGACUACAAUCUGGUGCGUUUCUACUUUGUGACUCGAUGUUACAACACCUACAUUGAGUCUGUCCUGGCUGACCUUUCCUGUGACCCCAAGCCUGACCUUGUCAUCAUGAAUUCCUGCCUCUGGGACAUAAGUCGGUACGGAGCAUCAGCAGUUGACCAGUACAAGAAGAACCUAGAGCGUCUUUUCACCAGGUUCGAGGAAACUUUCCCUAAAGAGUGCAUGGUAAUAUGGAACACCACUCUGCCGAUCUCAAAAAAUGCCAAGGGUGGCUUUCUUGUACCUGAGGUGGAGUUCAUGAACAGUACUCUGAGGCUGGACAUCCUUGAAGCCAACUUCUACGCUAGACAGAUUGCUGUUGCACAUAACCUUGAUGUCCUAGAUCUACACUACUUCCUGCGACACCAACUGCACCGUCGUGCUGAUGAUGGCAUUCAUUGGGACAUGACUGCUCACCGCCGCAUGACAAACCUCAUUAUGACACACGUGUGUGAAGCUUGGCGAGAACAGCUCCCAGGCAGAGUGGACCGCAAUAGGAAUGAAACCAAGCAGAUGUCCAGGAAUGUUGAGAGAGAGGAUCGUAUAGAUCAUGGACGCUACAGCGAUCCAAGAAAUGACAAUAGUAGAAAUGGUCAUAGGGAGGAAAACUUACGUCCCAAUGACAAUAGUGUCCGAGAGGACCGAUGGAAUGGCAACUUCACAAAUUUCACCAUCACCAGGAACAAUAAUGCAAAGAAUACAACUUAUCAAGAGUAUCUGGAUGAAACUAGUAACAAUCACAACAACUACACUGAUGCACGGGUCAUCUACGAUCCCAAUGCCAGGUCCAACAUGGCUGCCGUUCAAAACAGACCUGUACCAUGCAGUCCCGCAAGUGUUCUACAGGCAUUCAAACAAAUGUCAUCUGGUGAAUACCAAUGGCAGCCUUACCAACAGAAUGCUAUCCAACCGCUGAGUAGAAGUUAUCCACACUACAGACAGACCCAGCGAGAAAACCCUUAUAAUAGUCGCUCAGUUAAGGUUGGCCAUAGCUGGUCUUCACAGUGGUAGGACAAUGAGAUUUUCACUUAGAUUACUGUUGUUGGGGCAGUUCUUGGCUCAAGUUCUGUUUUAUAAUAUGUAUGGGUAGUUAUUACAACUUGUUUUAGGUUAAAAUUUGUUUCAUUCAGUAAACUGUUGCUUGUAUUGCUUCACAUUUGUUGCCAAAUUCUAUAAGGAACCUUUCAUUUUUUAUUCAUUUGUGAAUCAAUAGAAAGUCAACUUUAAUAUCAUCUCUCUGUGAAAAUGUAAAUAAAUAUGACUAACCUUUUGAAAAAUAUGACCUUAUAUUUGAUGCCAUGCAUUAGAUUAUUUCUAAGUCAUUUUUCUCUUGUUUUGUUCAUAGUUUGCCAUAUUUCAUUACCGUACUCGGCCAGCAAUAAGCUCCCCCCAACCCUAGUAAGAAUUAAGGGGAGGGGGCUUCCUACCAACUUGAGGCCUGGUUCAUACAUACUUGUGUUUUUGGCAGAUGGAGGAGCAGGGACUUAAUGUCGGUCGAGUACUCUACUGUCAUUUUGAUACAUAGAUUUGUUGUGUGGUACAUUUAUGUGUUGUGUGAAAUGUUGUAUGAUACAUUGAUGUGUUGUGUGACAAUGUUGUAUGAUACGUUUAUGUGUUGUGUGACAAU